UGGGAAUUUGAACAUGGCGGCCUUAAAGUCAAAUAGCGAAAAUUCUUAACGCAAUUUUAAAGAAAAUUCAUGGCUAAGAGUAUGGAAGCGCAAAGUAACAGUACAGCUAAAUCUAAAGAGGUAAAAGGAAGUGAGAAAUCACAGGUUAAGGCCACCCCGAAAAUGCAAGAACAUUCUUUUUUAACAGACAGAACAGACGUGAAACAAAUGGAGAAAGGACUGUUAGAUCUAAUGCACGAUUUCAAUCACGGCAAACUGUAUGCAUUUGGUAGGGAUUGUACAAUCGAAAAGAUGGAUAAAGUACGCGAACUUCAAGAACAUUUGGCUCAGCUUCACUUUGAAAUUGACAAUAUGACGGAAGGAUUUGGAGAUGAAGAAGAACCAAGAAGUGGAGGCAAUCUGGAGAAGUUAAUGAAGAAUUUGGAGACUCUUAGUUCGACCGUUCAGAGCUUGCAUCAAGAAAGCUCAUCGUAAUAUGAACUGGAUGAUUUAAUUUAUCGAUAAAGACACAGCGAGAUCACAAAUUGAGAUGAUUGUGUAUACGUGCAACUAAGUGUACUCACAGUAGUAUGACGUUUGCCUGGCCAGCUUUCGAUCAGAGACAUUCUCUUCGAUGUCUACUCCCAUCCGAGUUAGAAAGAUAUUCUUAAGGGGGCUCCAAAGGUCUUUUGUGAAGAGGUAGU